ACUGUAUUGGACAGCUAAGAACAAAACCAAAAGGUUAAUAAUUAUAGUAUUAGUAUUCUCUGAACCUUCAUUAUCUUUCCUUUUCCUUCCCUUCUCUAGCUUUCCUCUUUUCGUAUUUACGUACAUGUAAUGUAAGGUAAAUUCUUUGCUUUCGAGGCAAGGAUUAAGCCUUGAUUUCCUCCAUUCCUCUGUUCUGCCUCAAUCUUGCUUUGUCUGAGUCGGGAAAGAAAGAAACGCAAGGCGAGCUUUCCCUUUUUCGUUUAACAAAAGGAAAGCUUGCCCCCACUUUUAAUGUUCUUAAAAAUUCCUUUCACGGAGAACCCAUUUUCGAGUUUGAGAUCAAUCAAUCAAUCAAACAUGGUGGUGUUGUUUCCAAUCCCAUUCCGUGAAUCCACAUUGUCCCUGAUGUUGCUGCUGCUGCUCGUUCCUUUCUCCUCUUCCUUCACCAGUGGAUCACAACCGAAAUUCUCGGCCAUCCGAUUGCCUUCGGAAGCCGAUCCAUGCGCCACUUCGCCACGACCCAAUUCCUGCCCCGUCAACUGCUUCAGGGCUGACCCAGUUUGCGGGGACGACGGAGUUACCUACUGGUGCGGCUGUGCGGAUGCUCAUUGCGCUGGGGCUAAAGUUGCCAAAAUAGGAUUUUGCGAGGAGAGUUAUCACUUUGUUUGGAUGGGAAAAGGCAACCAUGAUUUUCGUUGCCACUCCUUGCCAUGGAACUCUUCGGGAACAGAGAUAAUGUUGUGACAGUGGCAGGCCAAAGACAUCUAUUUUGUGACAAAAAAAUGAACAUUUUUCUUUUCUUUCAAAACAAAAACGGACCCACUGUCUCUCCCACGAGCGGGCAGCUGUCAACGGUUCACAUAGUCGAUGGUCUCACUCUCACAUGCUACCGGCGUAUUACUUAUCAUGCCCUUUUUUUUUUG